AUGUGCGACCAAAUCCCCAAAUGGAACGUGGUGCACAAACUCGAGAAGAAGAAGCUGCUGAUCGGCAUCAACAGCGUCGCGGCGCUGUCCAUCCUCUUCUUCGGCUAUGACCAGGGCAUGAUGGCCGGAGUGAACAACUCCAAGGACUACAUCGACCUGAUGGGCUUCGGCUACACCGAGAUGGUCGACGGGCACCCGUCUCCCGUGGUGACGGACAGUCUGCUGCAAGGGGGCAUCGUGUCGGUGUAUUACCUGGGCACGCUGUGUGGCGCCUUCAUCGGCGGCUGGAUCGGGGACAAGAUUGGGAGAAUCAAGACGAUUGCUGCGGGUGCGGUGUGGGCGACGCUGGGGGCGGCGCUGCAGUGUUCGGCGCAGAACCAUAACUGGAUGAUUUGCUCGCGUUUUAUUAAUGGGAUUGGAACCGGGAUUCUGAACGCCAUUGUGCCCGUGUGGGCGACCGAGACGGCCGAACAUACCUCCCGCGGCCAAUUCAUUGCGAUUGAAUUCACCCUGAACAUUUUCGGCGUGGUGCUGGCCUACUGGUUGGAAUUUGGACUAUCCUUCAUCGACGGCGGCGAAUCCGCCUUCCGCUGGCGAUUCCCCAUCGCCUUCCAGAUCAUCUUCCUGAUCCUGCUCUUCGCCGUCGUCUGGUUCUUCCCCGAGUCCCCGCGAUGGCUCGUCAAAGUGGGCCGCGAGCAGGAAGCGCGCUACAUUCUGGGUCGACUGCGCGGCAGCAGCGACGAGGACACUGUGCGAGCCGAGGCCGAAUUCCGAGACAUCCAGAGCGUCGCGGAGAUGGAAAAGUCGAUGAACCACAGCACAUCGUACCUGGCGAUGCUGUUCGGGUACAAGACGGGAAAGUUGCAUUUGGGACGUCGCGUGCAGCUGGUCGUCUGGCUGCAGAUCAUGCAGGAGUGGGUUGGGAUCGCUGGAGUAACUGUUUAUGCCCCGACGAUCUUCAGCAUUGCUGGAUUUGACUCGAUGAAAAGCCAGUGGAUCAGCGGGUUGAACAACGUGUUCUACAUGUUCGCCACGCUCAUCUGCGUCUUCACGCUCGACCGCAUCGGCCGUCGCUGGACACUGUACUGGGGGUCUACGGCCCAAGGAAUUGCCAUGUUUCUCGCAGGGGGAUUCUCUCGACUGGCCAUCAACGCACGGAACGCAGGGGAUACUUCCCGUGCGGACUCAUUCGGCGCAGCAGCUGCCUCGAUGGUGUUCAUCUUCACCUCCGUAUUCGGAGCCACAUGGCUAACAGUCCCAUGGAUCUACCCCGCCGAAAUCUACCCGCUCGCUGUACGAGCGCGCGGAAACGCCUGGGGCGUGGUAGGCUGGAGCAUCGGCAACGGAUGGCUGACCCUCCUCUGCCCCGUCAUGUUCGACUCCAUCGGCGAGAAAACCCUGUACGUCUUCGCCGCCAGCAACGUGAUCACCAUCCCGAUGGUGUGGGCGCUGUAUCCGGAAAGCAACCAGCGAACACUGGAGGAUGUGGAUCUGCUCUUCGCGGCCGAGACGCCGUGGGUGUGGGAUGCCGAGCGCACGUUUGCGCGUCUGAAGGCAGAGAACCCGGGGUAUGUGGGCGCGGCGAGUCGCAAGAACAGCGCGUUGGAUGCGGAGGUGGGGAUGGAGCAUGAGGAGGAUGCGCGAGGUGAUAGGAUCCGAUUAAGGAUGUAUAAGACGAGAUAA